AUGAGCACUCACAAACAAUCGGGCCAGAAGGCGCCCUUCCUCGCUCAGACAAAGGCCGGCGAGGAGGGGCAAGCCAGCAGCCGACAAGCCACACUACCGGGUGAGCGACAGAAGAAGGUGCCAUUGGGCGCCAAGUUGGUGGUGGGCGGCAUCGCCGGAAUGGUGGGUAUGACCAGUGUCUUCCCCAUCGACCUCGUCAAAACGCGCCUCCAGAACAGGUGGUGCGAGAGCGUGUCGGAGUGCGUGCGGCGCAUACGGGCGGAGGAGGGCUGGCGCGGUUUCUACCGCGGGCUCGGGGCGUGCCUGUGCGGGGUGGCCCCCGAGAAGGCUGUCAAGCUGGCCGUCAAUGAGAAGCUCCGCGAACACCUGGCUGCCCGCGACCACGACCAAAUCACGCUGGCACACGAGAUCCUGGCGGGAGCCGGUGCUGGGAUGUGCCAGGCCACCGUGUCCAACCCUGCGGAGAUCGGUACCACCCGCAUCGCGCACCCACCCCGCUCCGGGGGCUCCGAGCCGGCCAACGGCACCAAGUCGGCGGUGGGCAUCGUGCGGGAGCUGGGGUUCCGAGGUCUGUACAAGGGGCUUCCGGCCACCCUCCUGCGGGACGUGCCCUUUUCGUUCUUGUUCUUCCCCAUCUACUCCAACAUCCGCCAGGCCUGGCUGCACCAGCGCGGCGACGCGAAGGGCGAGGUGGGUCUGCUGCCGACUCUGGCGGCGGGAGCGGCGGCAGGCGCGGUCGCCGCGGCUGCCGUCACCCCCGCCGACGUGGUGAAGACGCGCUACCAGGUGGAGCACUCCCCCUACACCUCCCUGCACCAAUGCGCCAGAGCCGUGUGGCGAGAGGGUGGGCCGCGGACGUUCUUCAAGGGGGCGGUGGAGCGCAUGGCCAUCCAGGCCCCGCUCUACGGUGUGGCCCUCCUCGCCUUUGAACUGCAGAAGAAGUGGUACCUCGCCCACCACCAGCAGCAGGACUAG